CCAAAAUAAUCUAUUUUAAUUGUAAAAUACAUAAGACAACAUGUCAGAAAUUAAAGUGAGUGAAAGCUGCGAUUCAGAAGAAGAUCUAACAAUUGGAGAGGCCAUUGAAGCUGAAAAGAAACACAAACCUGACACAUUGUUUUUAUAUUUCGUUGUCUUCACAGGAAUCAUUCUGAUGUUAGUCAGUUCGGCGACAAAUGUUUGGACGUCUCCAGCCAUCAUAAAAUUGCAUUCGAAUGAUACAAGUGAAAACAUUCUAGGUAGAGAAAUAACUACAAUUGAAACAUCAUUAUUGUUAGGAAUACCAGGCGUUGUGUCUUUAAUAGGGGCCUGCUUCUUACCAAAAUUAGCAGAUUUUAUGGGAAGAAAAAAAAGUCUGCAAUCUAUGGGUCUUGGAAUGUUUCUAAGUAUCGUAGGAUUAGCUUUUAGUAAUAAUAUUUACUUAAUUAUUGGAUUCAUGUGCAUGAUCCAAAUUUUUUGUGCUGGUGUGUGGGGAAUACUUCCAGUAUACUUAACAGAAAUAUGUGAUGACCAUAACCGAGCUAAGCAUGGAUGUCUAAUGACUGUUUUUUCUCCCGUUGGACAAUUGUAUGGUCUUAUCAUAGGACCUAUGUUCAAUCUUCGCUUAUUCACUCUCUUAAUAGGAUUACCUUUAAUACCCUUUUUAUUAUUAUUCUUACUUGCGCCAGAAAGUCCAACGUAUUCUCUUACAAAAGGAAGAUACGACGAAUCUCUAAAGACAUUGAAAAAAUUGAGAAAUAAUAAAACUGAAAUUCAAAUAGAACAUGAUUUCAAUAGUUUAAAGGAAAGUACUUUGACACCGGAUGAGCAGAAACAAUUCAGUUUGAUCAUGCUUAUUAACACUAAAGAAUGUAGAAUUGGGUUAUUAUUGGCUUUAUUACCAAUUCUUCUUCAAAACUUCUGUGGUAUUCAAGUAAUAACACCUCUUUUGGGACCAAUAUUCAAUGAUUCGGGCUCCAAUAUUUCUGGUGACAAUAUCGCCAUUAUUGUUGGGACAGUGAAGUUAAUAACUUUUAUUAUUACUACAUUUAUUAUAGAAAGUACAGGAAGAAAGCCAAUGCUGAUUAUAUCUGCAAUUGGAGCUGGUAUAUCCGCCACUUGUUUGGGUAUAUCGUUCUAUUUAAAAGAAGUAAAGUCACCUUUAAUCGAUAAAUUCCAAUGGGCACCUUUGGUAUUUAUUUGUAUCUAUUUUGUUUCAUAUUCUAUCGGACUUGGUCCAAUUCCGAUGGCUAUAAUGAGUGAAUUGUUCACUUCUGAUGUGAGGGCAACUGCCAUCGCUGUUAUUUCUACUUUGAGCAGUCUUUUAUUGGCUAUUUACACCGCCCUCUAUCCCAUACUAGCUGAAAUGAUUGGAACACAUUGGUGUAUGUGGAUGUUUGGGGUAUCUUGCUUUUUUGGAUCUUUCUUAAUAUUCAAGCUUUUACCAGAUGUUCGAGGAAAAAGUAUUGCAGAAAUUCAAAUUGUAUUGAAAAAUUAUAGAAUAUUUUAAAUUAAAAAUUAAUAAACACAAAUACUUCACAAA